UAAUUUUCUGGCAUGCAAUUUUUUUCUCCUUAACUCUCUUAAACACUGCAUUAUACGUUUUUUACUUAAGUUUAAGUAUUGUAUUUGAUCAUCAUAGUCAUUCGAAGUUAUUGUCAAGCGGCAUGCUUUAGUAGGUUAGAUAUUCGUUACUACCGAUCAGCUGUUUUCGUAGGAGAAUAUUCUUGCAGUUAUGGAAAUCGAUGGUUUUCAAGUACGAAUUAUUAGCGAGGAAAAGGGUAAAGGAUUAUUUGCGUUACGUCCUUAUAAAGAAGGUGAUGUGAUAUUUGAAGAGAAGCCGAUAAUCUGUUGUCAGUUUUCUUGGAAUGCUAUGUAUCGCUACUUAGCUUGUGACAAUUGUAUGCAGCCUUUGGAAACUGCUGAAGAAAAUGCACAACGAUUGACUAUGAAACCCGAUAUUAUUUUACCUCAUAUGGAAUGUUGUGAAACAAAUAAAGAGUCAAUUGUAGAGUGUCCAGCUUGUGGUGUUAAGUAUUGCUGUACCGAGUGCCAGAAUGAGGCUUUUCAAAGGUACCACAGGACCCUUUGUCUUCAAUCGAAGGAAAAGAAUGAUCAGCAUCCUUUAGUCCAACUUAAUGAAACUUGGAAGCAGAUGCACUAUCCUCCAGAGACUGCAACAAUAAUGCUUCUAGCAAGGAUGGUUGCUUCCAUAAAUCAAGCAACGGAUAAAGCUGCUGCUGUUUCUACCUACUCACAGUUCUGUCAUCGUACAGUUAAUGACACACAAGAAAUUGCUCACAAUCUUCUUGGAGAAAAAUUUGUAGGACAGAUAGACGUUCUGCGUCAGAUGAUGCAAAAUGCCUUGGAUAGCGAGUAUAUUCCACAGUGGUUUACACCCGAUGGUUUUCGAAGCCUUCUGGCUUUGGUUGGCACAAAUGGUCAAGGAAUUGGCACAAGUUCCUUCAGCCGCUGGGUGAAGAAUGUUUCUGCCUUGGAGUUGCCAAAAGAUGAGAGAAUUCAGGUAGACAAGCUAAUCGAUAGGCUCUACGAUGACAUGGAAGAAGUCGUUGGGUCGUUCCUGAACAAUGAAGGUUCUGGCCUCUACAUUCUGCAAUCAGCAGCUAACCACAGCUGUGUGCCAAAUGCUAUUGUAGAAUUUCCAUACUCUAACAGCACCCUGGUGCUCAAGGCCACUCGUGAUAUCCACCCUGGAGAGGAAAUUUGCAUUGGAUACCUGGACGAGUGCGCCUUGGAGCGAAGUCGACACUCUCGCCAGAAGGCUCUGAGUUCUCUAUACUUGUUUUUAUGCCGGUGCGACAAAUGUUUGUCGCAAGUUGAUGAUCCUGACGUCACAUCCGAUGAUGAUCACAUGUCGGAUUAGGUUGUCAAGCUCCAGUAAUGAACCUUUACUCUUCGGAGUAUUUGUUAUCUUACGACGAUUGACGGUUUCAGUAACAUUGACUACGACUUAGCAUUUAAAUCAAUGGAAUAUUCGUAUCGUGAAAAAAUCUUAGGAUUGAGACGAUUUUUAUUGAAAAUGCUUCUCGACACUGAUUACAAGAUAAUAUCAUGAGGACUGUCUAUGGCUUAAAGAUUAAGAUUUGAACCUUUAGGUGGUUCACAUUCAAUGGAAAUGGCUAAACUUCGAAAGAAGUCAAACUUCAACAUUAUUCAGUCCGUUCUUGAAGAAUUGUAUUAUUAUCAGAAAUGAAUCGCAAGAGUGCGUAGCAAACAAAUACUUUAUGUGUAUUUAGUGUCAUUAACCGUGUCCCCAUAUGUGAAAACUGCGUAUAAUCUAGAGAGCACGUUUUCGAUAAUCUUGCAAUAAUCCUAUUGUAACAAGCAAGAUAUUCAUAGUUUUAUCGAUAUACUAAUAAUGGCAUUGCUAUAGGUAUACAACAGAUCGUUUAUAAUCAAGUAUCUUUUCUUGUGCAUUAUAAAAGUAACAGCUGUUUACGCAAUUGCAUAGUAGAUAGUAGGCCCGAUGCAUUUGUAGAGCCUUGAUGUUAUCAAUAUUUAACAAAAUCGUAAAAUCUGAUUAAGCUUUUAGGAGUGUCGACUUAUUCACUAAUUGGAUUGUACUAAUAAUCUUUAUAUAACUCUUCAAAGAAGAAUAUGGAAAUUAUAAAUCUUACAAAGCACAUUUUUCUAAAGGUCCAAGUAAUACACUAAUCAAUUAUAUAAUCACUGGAUGGUUAGCUUUAAAAAUUGCAUAAACAAUUAGAAAAGUUAGUCAUUGGCAUAAAGUUCAAUGAUUCAUUAAUAUUACUAGAAUUAUAUAUAUAUAUAUAUAUAUAUAUAUAUAUAUAUAUUUUGUAGUCUUUUUCUAAUUUUAUACAUAUUAAGUUCAUCCAUCACGUAACCUUUAGGAAAGUAUUGCUUUGUAUAUUCUUAAAGUUUAUUCACUGACAGUGGCUCAUUGAUCAUAUUCUGUAUUAAUAUGGUUUAGGUAACAGUGACACUGAAUACUUUUCUAUGUCGUAGAUUUACGAGUUCACUUCAGAACGAUCCAUUGUAGUUUGGAAAAUAAUGCCUAACAGACUGCAUAUUGGAUCUUUCCUUAGGUGGAAUCAUAAUUUGCAGGAGAUUAAAGGGAUCGUUUAAAAUAUAAUUAGAGUUGGUAAUAGAUAGGAGUUGUAUAAUUCGGUCUUGAGAGAUGCUGAUCAUGUGUGAUAUAGUAAUCCUGUCUGUACGGCAUUUUUAUACGUAAUUUGUUUGUAGUGACAAUGGAAAAUAUAUACUAUAUUUCAUAUGUAA